CGACGAGACCUUCUGAUAUAGCUGCUUUGUGCUAGAAAGUAACUUGUGAGCGACAACAUUUCUAAUCGGUUCCAUAAGAAUAUCAUCCCUGAUUUUGUAGGGACCCUUUUUUCGAUCUGUGUACUAGUCUAAAGUCCUUGACCUGACCUGACCUGUAUGUCCACCAACAGAUACAGCGAGUACACCAAAAUGCCAAGACUGCAGUAUAAACAGAACAUCAAGUGCGUCCGAUAGAAGAUCAUGGCACUGCCCAUGAUUAACAUCACAAGAAAUAGAACCAACAAAUAUGGACCACAGGCGGGGAAGUCGUAGGGAGCGAAGCUAUCGAACAGGGCCAGAGCAGCCACCAGGAGACCCUUGCAGCCAAAGGCCAUUAAUACCUAAUAAUAUAGUAGAGGAAUGGAAUACUUAGAGUACUUGGAUAUAUCACAUAAUAAGCUGAAAACAAUUUCCAGUAGCAUAUUUGGUAUUCGUAACAUUGCACAAAAUGUACGGAUCAUAGCUAACGAUAAUGUUUGGCACUGCGACUGUACACUAAAAAAUGAAAUGAAUACCAUUUUUGCAUCAUCAAAACACCCAAUGUAUUGUUGGUCUCCAGAGGCGUUCAAGAACUGCUCGGUAUUUGAUGAACGAUUUUGCUAUAGCAAUGAUACCGAAGAAUCGUACAAAGGUGACAGCACCACAGGAGCAACAAUUACCUCACAAAACUCCACCGUGCAGACAACGGAAAGUCCAGUGAAUAUACCAACACUACCGACACCAGCCACAGUACCUCCGAACGAAGUCGUAGCACUGGAAUGUCUUGCACAAAAUCAGACUGGUACGAAAGCACAGGAAAACAUUAGACAAAAUUUAUGGUGGCCUCAAAUAAACUUUUUCCCAAAAACACAUGGAUCACUCACUGUUCAAAUUACAGUAGAAUUGGAAGAUUUAAAUAGUUUUACAUUUGGAAUCGUUUGGUUCUCUAAGACAACUAAAGAAUACUAUAUGAUGGAGCUUUUUCCUGAUGAGUACGGUUUUGGGUGUUAUUUUAGAAUGCCACUGAAAACAAUUGUAACGAACUUAGUUCCUAACGUUGCUUAUACCUUCUGCCUGAUCGACUCGAAUCAAAAUAGCGUAUCACCAUUCAGUUGUAAAUCUGUGCACAUAAGCGGAAACAUAGAAGUUUAUUAUUUUUCUUGGAUUUCAGAACAUAUUCGCUCCAAAGGUAUAUCGUGGAUGAUCUUGGGAAUCGUGGCAUUUCUUUUUCUGGGGAUAAUAUUUAUGUUUCUAGUGCUGAAGCAAAAGCCCGAUUGGUUAAGAGGCAGCAAACGUGUAAUGAAACCAAAGAGCAGCUCUGGAAAUAUAGUCGUUUUGCCUAGAGGCAAUACUGUUCAAAACCUUGAGAGACAUGAAGCUAUAAUUUCGGGAAGUAAUCCGAACCGGCUCCUUUCCUGUAUCUCGAGAAAUAACUCUUCUGAAAGUAUUUCCAGUACUCAAAGCUAUAUGAUCGCGAACCUCUACGAAAGCGUACCAGCCUACAUGACAUUGGACGAAGUUUGUAUAUCGGUCGAGAAGGGUUCUCAUAAAUCGACCUUUGUAGAGGAUACGCAUAAAAUUCAACUUUCAAAACGACUUUCUAGUGACCCUCUACCUGCCGUACCAAGAAAGUAUAUGUAGAGGCAUCGUAAGUUCAGCAUCAUCUUACUUAUGUAUUGUGAAAUUAU